AUGGACGAGAACGUUCAGUCCAAUGACGACAAACCAGGUUACGACGCGGCUACCUACUCAAAGUACGUCACCUGCGAUUUUCCCACAAUAACGAAGCUGCUAAAGUACUACAACAUGACGUUCGACAAUGUGCUAGACGGCGACAUUGGAAGAGAACGGACAACUUCACGUGGACCACGGCAGUUCCUUGACAUAGGCUCCGGUUGCGGUGUGGUGACAAAGAAGAUCCUUUUGCCCAGCGUUCCAGACGACGUAGAGAAGAUAGUAGGUGUCGAUCUAUGCGAGAACAUGCUUUCCUACGCUCGCCAGCGUAAUUCUCACCCAAAGAUUGUAUACGAGAAGCUGGACAUAAGGGGAGACGUAUCCGAGUUCCUCGACUUGUACGGGCCUUUCGACCGCAUCUACGGCUUCAACAGCCUCAACCGCGUGAAGGAGCAGUCCAAGGCGUGGAACAACAUGGCGAAGCUGCUGAAGCCUGGCGGAGAGUGUCUUCUGUUUUACAGCGCUUGGUUUGUUACUCCGAAUAUCUGGAGGGCACUGGCGAAAAAGAAACGCUGGAGCAGGUUUGCAGAGAUGCUUCCGAGUUUUGACGAGAGCACAGAUAAGUGGAACCCGUACUUCAUCAAAGCAGAGGCGUACUUCUAUGCAAACGGCAUCGCUUAG